UAUAGCCUGCCUCUUAUUUAAUGACAACAUAAUCAUUAGUAAACGUCACCUGCAUCGCAAGCUCCGUGGGCUGGGAUUGUUUCGGCGAAAGGAAUAUUCAGACAUUUUUGAUGUAGCCUGCUUUAUUGAACGCGAAUUGGAGAAAUCUGGGCAGCUUCACGGAUACAGAUGGAUGCAUCUACGUUGCAUUCAGAACGGUCUUACUGUAAAAAGGGACACAGUACGUCAUCUCCUACGUUUAUUGGAUCCUGAGGGUGUGGAAAUAAGAUCAAGGAGACGUCUGCGGCGACGAAUCUACCGCGGUAGAGGUCCGAACUUUAUCUGGCAUGUAGAUUCAAACGAUAAGUUAAAACCCUAUGGAAUAUGCAUAAAUGGCUGCAUUGAUGGAUAUUCGAGAAAUGUACUUUGGGUUGAAUCGUACUCGACUAACAGCGACCCUUAUGUCAUAGCUGGUUAUUUCAUCCAAACAGUUCUUGACAAUGUGGGGUGCCCUAGGGUAAUUAGGGCAGACUUUGGGACUGAAAACAGCACUAUCCGUGCAAUGCAGUAUUUUUUCAGAACCGACGGACAGGACCCAUUUUCUGGAGCAAGAAGUUUCAUUCAAGGAAGUAGUCAACACAAUCAGCGAAUCGAAUGCUGGUGGAGCGUCCUGCGAAAACACUGCUUGCAAUUCUGGAUGAAUUUGUUCGAAGAGCUGAAGGACAAUGGCGAUUUUUGUGGUGACUUCCUUGACAAGUCAUUAGUCCAGUUUUGCUUCAUGAAUCUUUUCCAGGAUGAUGUAGAUACCAUAAAGAAAGAAUGGAAUUCCCAUCGAAUUUCUUCAUCUAGAAAUAGGCAUGGACCCUUUGGUCGCCCUUCAGUGAUGUACAGUAUGCCACAGCUAUAUGGAACUCAAAACUUCCUAGUACCAGUGCAGCCUGAUGAGAUUGAAGUAUGUGAAAGUGAGUGUACAUUCAAGAGCCCGUAUCCUUGUGACAGAGAUGUCUUUGACCUGUGUAUCACAUUAAUGGCAGAAGCAGGCAUCACAGCACCAACAAAUCCUCGUGAAGGACAAGAUCUCUAUCAUUUCCUCCGAACUGAAAUACUCCAUCGAAUCUGAUGUGCAUUUGAUCCAUGGACACUUAUAGCCCAUACUGUCAGGUCAUUGUUAAGCAGGAGCUUCCGCUGUCCUUCCUUACAAUAAAUGGUCUCAUUUUUGUGCGGUUCAUGGGCUUGUAUUAGUCUCACCUCAAUGUAAAAACCUUUGUAUUGAUUUUUAUCUGAACAUCUUAUUAUCAAUGCUUCAUGAGAAAGGGGUAUGGAAAAAAAAUAUGAGCUGGACAUAGUCUGUUGAUCACUGGUAUGGGGUCACAUGUCAUACUGUGAUAAUGCAUGUACAUCCUAGGAUUAGAAAC